AUGGCUGGUCAACCGGACAGUGAAGUCCGUCUUGAGGACGAGUGUGCCUCUCCACAGUCGUGUGUUCUGUUUUUCACAAUUGCUCCAGUUCUCUACAUCAUAGCCGCCACGAUCAUCUGCCUCGGGAACAUCCUGACCAUUGUUGCCGUUCUCAAGACCCCAAGACUUCAGACCAUCCAAAACAUGUACGUCGUCUCUCUGGCCACAUCGGACCUCCUUGCUGGAGUAUACGUAUUCAGUCUUGCAUUUUUCCAUCUAGAAAGCACCCACGAGGUGAUCGGCCAUAACAAGGUGUUCUGCUUGACCCUGUACGUUACCUACGUUUUAAGUACAUCUGCUUCUAAUGCAAGUAUUGUGUUCAUCGCAGUAGACCGGUACAUCUAUAUAGCCCAUCCAUUUACCUACACCCGUCUUGUCACGCCUUUCAGCACUAGAUGUGUCAUAGCGGGAUCAUGGUUCUUUGCAGCAGCCGUAGCAUCGUGUGUGAUCUUCUUCAACAGGUACGACAAGGUCGGAGAGUGUUCAUUUGUGCAUGUCUUGGACAGCAUAUAUCAGCUUCUCUCUCAGACAUCAGUCUUCUUCCUCACCCUUGUUGUAGUAAGUGUUCUCUACAUCCGGAUACUCGUGAUUGCUCUCGGGCAGAGAAGAGCCAUCGAUGGUACUGGAGUGCAAACAUACUCAGACUGGCGGGGAACGUGUCGAACAGUAACGACGGGAAUGUGCAGCUAUUUCGAGGACACCUUGUAA